AUGGCUCCUGCCUGCCUGCUCGGGGUUUGCAGCCUCCUCUGCGCCUGGUCAGUGGUGACAGGACACCCCUGCAGCCUCAACCGCCAGGGAUGGGCUGACUGCAAUGGGAAGAGCCUCCUGCACGCUCCAAGUUCCCUUCCAAGCAACAUCACCAGUUUGGACCUCUCCUUCAACUCCUUGGUCAUGCCUCGUCAUGGGACUCUCUUGAUGCAUUUCCCUUCCCUGCGCUCCCUCAACCUCUCUAGCAAUGCCCUGCUGGCUCUGAGCCCAGCGGUCUUCUCCAACCUCGGAGCACUGCGCCUGCUGGACCUGAGCAGCUGUAGCAUCGCCUACCUCCACAUGGAUGCUUUCAAGGGCUUGGGAAACUUGCACACACUGCUCCUAAGAAACAACAGUCUGCAAGAGCUUGAGGUUCCUUUCUUCCUGCCGCUGAAGGCUCUUUUCCACCUGGACCUGCAGCACAACGCGCUGGUCUCGGUGGACACUUUGAGCCUGCAGCUGAUGGAGGCAGUUCCGCAGGUCCGGCUGGAAGGGAACCCCUGGGUCUGCGACUGCACCGCACGCCCUCUGCAGCAGUGGCUACAGCGCAGGCAAGCUGUGCAGGUGACCUGUGCAUCACCCCCGGGGCUGCGGGGCCGGGAGGUUGCAGCUCUGGAUUCCCAGGACCUGGGCUGCGGAAUGAAGCAGCGGUUUCCUCGGGGGGUCAGCACAGCACAGCAGAUCACAGCGACCCACAGCAACACCACCACACCACCCUCCGGGAAGGGGGGAAGGAGCUGGCCAUACCUGGUGGGCUUCCUGGUGGCAGCAAUCGGCAUCUCCAUCUUGAUCGCGCUGGCUGCCAAGUGCAAGCUCUUCCACAAGAACUUUGCCAGCUACCGCCACCGGCCACUGCCCGAAACCAGCUCAAUCAGAGGCAGCCCCAUGGAGGACAGCAGCAGCUGGGACAGGGGCUCCUCAGGCCGGGGGGCCAGCAAGAACCACCCCAUGCCUGGUGCUGCCGACCUGCAAGCUGAGGAUGACGAUGGCUUCAUCGAGGACAACUACAUCCAGCCAAGCGAGCAGCUGCCGGAGGAAGAGGAGCGGGAGUUGCACCUCUCCAUCUGA